GGACAUGGAAAAAGUAAAUCAAGAAAUGAUGAGCAAAGAGAAGGUCCAGAAGCACCGAAGAAGCAAAGCAAAAAAUGUGGAUACCAACUGUGAAAAUAAACAGACUGUAGCAAGGAAGUCAGUGAGUGGCCAAAAGUCAUCUUCUCUUCUCAGUCAAUAUAAUAAGGAAGUCCUCUUACAAGGGCCCAUGAAAGAGGAGGGUAUAAUUAAACAAGCAGAGGAAAAAGAAGUUACUGGAAAAGAGCUAAGGACUCAUAAAGACCUCUCAGGGUUAAAUAUUGAGAAGUCUGCAAAGGAUCUUCAACGCUGUUUAGCAUCAAUCACACGAUAUCGCCAAAGGGUUAAAGACGAGGUAGAGAACUCCGUCCGGAAUAUCAAAUCUACCUUUGCUGAGCUAUAUAAAAGCAUCAUUGAGAGAGAAGUUCAACUGAUGUUGGAAUUGGAAAGAGUAAAAGAAGAAGCAUUGGAGAACUUAAUGACAAGACAGAUAACAGCAGAAGAACUGAGACGAACAUCAGAGCUCUCCAGCCACAAGACAGAUACUGAGAUUUCAGAACUUAGAGCACAAAUUAAGCACUUUGUCAGUGAACGCAAGCAUGAUGAGGAGUUGACUAAGUCUGCUCGAGUCACGUUUGAUGCAGAACAGUUGAUGAAGCAAAUCAUUUUGUGCGGAGAGAUUUCUCAUCCUAAGAAUAGUUAUUCAUCGAGGACCCCAAACAGCACAGUGUCAUCAUCAGAAGCACAGAACAUCACUGCUGCUAAGCCAAAAGUACAUACACCUCGCAUGAAGAAACCAUUAAAAAACUAUAGACACAAAAUAAUAACCUCCGACAAGGACCAUGUUCAAUGUAUAGAAGGAGCAGAGACUGGCAGUGAUAAUUUAAAAGCACCACAAGCUUCUCCUAAUCAUCCACGUUGGAGUGAUAAGCAGGUUGUAGCAGGCCACACUUACUGGAAAAAAAGUCUUCCAAAAAUGACCCGGUUUCAUGGUAGCACCAAAACUUCAAAGUCAGAUGAUGGAUCAUUUCAUGAUUUCCACCCCAGGUCCAGAUGUGAAGAGACAAGAGGACAGAAGAAUAACUUUAAUAGUAGAAAUAGGAGAGGAACACAUAAUAAGGAGUGCCCUUCAGUUCAGAAUAAGAAUCUUGAGCAUACUGAGUAUAGUCAGGAUACUAGACAAAAGGAAACUGGGACAGUACUUGUAAAGGGUUCUACAGGCCAUAUCACCUAAGUUAACUAUUGAUUCUCCUUAUCUGUAAAAUUAAAAAACUAAAAAUGCAUAGCUUCAGCGUAUAGCUACCUAUUUAAAGGACAGCAAUUUUGAGUCACAUAUUGUAAUCAUUUGCUUUAAAAGUAAACACACUCUUAAUGUACAAUUUUUACCUGUACCUUCUAUAACUUACAAGGAAAGGUU